AUGGAAUAUUCAUGCCAAGGUGUGUUACCGCUGUUAGGAACAUACUGCACAGACCAUAUUGGAAGAAAAACUGGUCUCUGUCAUCCCGCUAGACUAUUUCAACAAGCUGUAACGACUCAGUUUUACAUGUCCUCUCUGAAGCUGCCCGUAUCAUGCUUGGAAGAGUACAGUUUCAGGUCUCGAAAAAGCCACCGGAGUUCAUGUGUACCCAUAGCUUUAGCGCCGCUCCGCAUCAUUGAAGAUCCUGAACCCUUUCGAGUUUCUUCGUUGACAGUUUCCAAAAGUAUGUAUACAGUCCCAACUGCAAGAUUUGGGAAGCAGCUCGAGCAACUUGUGCAGUCCCUCUCUUCUUUUCCGAACAUCUUCAUUGAAGAGAAUGGGAUUGAUGAAGAGUUUGUUGACGCUGGUCUUGGCUGGUAUUCCCAAAGCUCUUGGCUUCACGAGACCAAAGUCUUCGGCAGAGAAAGCGGCGCCUAUGAGAUAGGCCACCUGCCUAGCACUCCCAUAGUAUCUGCACAGCAUUCAACGAGCAGACCAUAUUUAUUUUACAUUUUAAGCAAUGAAUAUACCGGUCUUGACAGCAGAAUCAUAUCAACUCGUUUAGGUGGUCUCGGAAAAUUUGGUGCCUCGAUACUGAAGGCAGUGCGAGAAGGUCACAAUAUCGAAGAAGAGACCCUCGCGCUCCAGACAAAGAGAUACCGCUCACUGUAUCCACUACAUAGGCUGACAUAUAACCUGAUCUCUGGUACUGAGAGCUCCAUCAAGGCGAAGUUACUUCUACAAGAAGCUCUUGAAGGUUUACCACGAGGAGAUGGGGGACGCCGCCGCUAUGCCACUUCCAGAUGA